AUGUAGAAUAACUGUGAACAAGCAGAAUUUUUAAAUGGAGGAAAUGUGACUCACUAAUAAGAUACUAGAAUUUAGGAUUAAGAUUAAUUACCUUAAGAAACUGAGAAAACAUUAUAACAAUUAGAUCUAGAAUUGGAUGUUGAUGAAGAGUACAAGGAAGCAUUUGAAAUAGCAAGGAGAUUAUUGAAAUUUUAUAAAAGUGAAAAUGCAAUUAGAAAUGGAUAGUAUUUUGCUGGAGCAGGUAUUUUAUAUAUACUAUUGUGCAAAGCAUUAUAUUUUGGGUUCAGAUGUAAAAAUGCCCCUUAUCUACUAAUAGAGAUUUCAGAACUUAUAAAAAAGGACUCUGCCAUUAAAGUAGCCAAAUGUUAUUUAAAACUAUUAAAAUUUGUAAAAGUAGAUGCCAAUAUUCCUUAAAUUGCAUAAUUAGCAAAAAGUCUGUAAUAUUUAGAUCCCUCUAUUUAUAUACCUAAGUUUGUGAGACUAUUAGAAAUAAAGUAAUCCAAUUAAAUUAAUUCUUAGCCGAGAUAAAAAUUAAGCAAUUGUUAAUACAGCAAUGAAAUUAAUUAAAAGAAUGAUGCUAGAUUGGAUGGUUUAUGGAAGAAAACCAUCAUCACUUUGUGGAGCUGCAUUAAUUAUAUCAUCUAGAUACCAUGAAGAAAAUAUGUCUACUUCUUAAGUUUGUAAAACUAUUCAGGUUUGUGAUGAAACAAUUAGAAAAAGAGUAGCUGAUACUAAUUAAACAGGAAUAUCAUAGUUGACAAAAAAACAAUUUGAAAAAAGUGAAAAUAUUGAAACUGGAAUUCCUAGACUUGUAAGUGAUCCGCCUUCAUAAAGAAAAAUUAAAUAAUAAGAAGAAGAGAUGAGAAAAGGAUUGAUAGAAGAAGAAAUUAAAUAAUUAGAAGAAAGUACUUUAAAAAAAGCUUUAGAAAUGAUAGAAUUAUUAAAGGUCUAGCCUGAAGUGUUUAAACAAGAAAAUAAUUUAAAAUAAGAAUAUCCUAUUUCAAUUUAAGAUGUUAUAAAAGAAUAGAAAGAUAAUGAAAUCUUAUCAUCUUUAAGUGAAUCAGAUGAAUAAUUCUACAUCUUAAAUGAAUAAGAAAAAGCAAGUAGAUAAUCAGAUUGGUAAGAGAUGUUUAAAGAGUACAUUUAUGAUAUUGAAAUUAAAAAUCAAAAGAAACAAGCAUAAUAAUUAAAAAACUUUUAAAGUGGAAAUAAGUAAUAAAAGUAAAAAACAAAAAGAUAAGUCAAAGCAGAAAAAUCUUUUCCAACACCUGAAAAAUCUGUUGCUAAAAAUUAUGAAAAUGAUGGUAAAAAUCCAUAGGCUGUAAAUAAUCUAAUCUCAAAAGAAGAAGCAUUUUUUGCAUAACUUGGUUGA